UCAUUAUUAUAACGGAUGUAUGGAAGAUUAGUGUUAACCAUUUGUCGUCUUCCUCUUCCAUCAUCAUCAUCAUCCUGGAGCUCAUCUCUCAGGGCCACUCCUGCUCCUUCAACAGCUACUAGAGCCUUCAGUCUAAGUGAAGCAAUGGCAAGUGUAGCAAAAGGAAAAAGGGCUGCAGCUUUCAAAGCAAUAGAUGAUCAUAUAAAGGAUGGUGAUCGUAUUGGAAUUGGAAGCGGCUCGACUAUAGUGUUUGCUGUUGAAAGACUAGCUGAGAGGGUUAAAAAUGAGAAGCUAAGUGUUCGAUGUGUCCCAACCUCUUUUCAAGCGAAGGAACUGAUCAUUAGCAAUGGAUUGGUACUAAGCAACUUAGAGACUGACCACGUAUUAGACAUAGCCAUUGAUGGAGCUGAUGAGGUUGACAAGGACCUGAACCUCAUCAAAGGAGGAGGCGGCUGUCAAACUCAAGAGAAGAUUGUAGCCUUUGCCGCUAAAAAGUUUAUUGUGAUUGCCGAUGACAGUAAGAAAUCAGAGUAUCUUGGAGAAAAGUGGAAGACUGGCCUGCCGAUAGAAGUGCUUCAAAUUGCACACAAAGUUGUGAAGGCUAAGAUAGAGAGCUCUUUGGAAGGGACUGCUGAUUUAAGAAUAGCUCAGAAGAAAGCCGGCCCUGUUGUAACAGAUAACGGGAACCUGAUUCUAGACUGGAAAUUUGAUGCAGCACGGGACAAGGAUUGGUCUCAGGUAAAUGGACUAUUAAAAGCUAUCCCUGGUGUUGUCGAGACUGGUUUAUUUGUUGGCAUGACUUCUUGUGUCUACUUUGGUUCGCCAAAUGGAGAAAUUUUAACAAUUAAUCUUCCCUAAAGCUACUCUAGCAAGUAAUCAUACUGGAGAUGAUCAGACCCCGUCUCUUUUCCUGUUUCUCUGUGUGUCUGUGAAUUAUUUUUUAAAAUAAUCAAAUCAGUCUUAGAAAGAAUGCAUAUUUAUUGUUAAAAUGAUAA